ACUGUGUGAGAAGGCAAAGCGAAAUGGCUCCGAAGAAGAAGAAGCAGAGCAAUAGCAAUAAGCCGAAUUCGAAUUCGAAUUCUUCAUCGAGAGCCAAACCACAACCUUCGUCGUCUUCUUCGUCGUCCGGUCCGAGGCUCCAGAUUUCGGCCGAGAAUGAGAGCCGGCUCCGCCGCCUCUUGGUCAAUAACUCGGCCCGGUCCGCUCCGGCGCCGGUUGACGAUACUCUCUCCAGGGCUCAGAAGGCCAAGAAGCUCAAGGCCGUCUACGAGAACCUUUCCUGCGAAGGGUUCACCAAUGAUCAGAUUGAACUUGCUCUCUCCGCUCUCAAGGAGGGUGCCACAUUUGAGGCUGCUCUUGAUUGGUUAUGCUUGAAUUUGCCGGGUAAUGAGCUUCCGUUAAAGUUUGCUAGUGGGAAUUCUCUGCACACACGUGGAGGUUCUGUUGGUGUCAUAUUGAAUUCACGGGAAGAUUGGACGCCUUCGGUGGAUCCGUCAACUGAGAUUAAGGAGGAAGCCCCGGAAUUUUCUGUUAAGAUCAAGGGGCAGUGGGAUGAUGAUACUCUGGACUUACACCAACCUUCUCAAGCAGAUUGGAUCAGGCAAUAUAUGGAACAACAAGAAGAGGAUGAAUCUAAAACUUGGGAAGAUGAUGUGGUUGACAAGGGUUCCCUUGAGGAGGUCUCUGGACCUAGGUCUUAUGAUAUUAUUGCAAAAGAGUACCAUGCUGCACGGUUGGAAGCAAUGAAAGCCAAGGAAAAAAGGGAUAAGAAAAGCCAGGAGCAGGCAGGCAAUAUUAUCCGCAAACUCAAGCAAGAAUUGUCUGCUCUAGGACUAUCAGAUAACAUUUUGGCAUCAGAAUUUGAAAAUGAACGAGAUUCUGGUUCUGCAUCUGGGAACGUGAUUUCUAGUUCUACGGCUUUCGAGCACUGUGAGGUAAAACAAUUAUGCAAUGUUGAAGGUGGUUUGGCCUUUGUUAUGGAAGCAGAUGAAUCAGCAGUUGAUGGAAAUGAUAUGGAUUGCUGUAGCUCAAAGGAGUUUCCAAUCAAAUCUUCUCCUAGUUCACCUAUUCAAGAAAAACAUGCUGCAAAGGAAGAGUCAGAAGAGGUAGAGCUUGGAGGUUUCUUUUCCGAAGAUGCCCCAUCUAAUGAUGGUUUACCUCCUGAAGUUUUGAAACUACAGAAGCAGGAAAAGAUGAGAAAAUUAAAUAAUGAAAAGAAUUUGGAAAAGUUAGAUGGCAUCUGGAAGAAGGGGGACCCACAAAAAAUUCCCAAGGCUGUUCUUCAUCAAUUAUGUCAAAGGUCAGGGUGGGAAGCACCAAAAUUUAAUAAAGUGAUGGGUCAAAGAAGUAGUUUCUCUUAUGCUGUCAGUGUCUUGCGUAGAUCCAGUGGGAGGGGUAAGAGCAGAAAAGCUGGGGGGCUAAUCACCCUUCAGCUUCCAGAUCAGGAUGAAACUUUUGAAUCUGCUGAGGAUGCGCAGAAUAGAGUGGCAGCAUUUGCUCUUUGUCACCUGUUUCCUGAUCUCCCUGUUCACUUAGUAACUACGGAGCCCUACGCAUCACUUGUUAUGCAGUGGAAGGAAGGGGAAUCGUCGGCCAACAUGGAAGACAAUGAGGAUGAUCGGAGGGCUGGUUUUGUGGAUUCAUUAUUGAGUGCUGACCAUUCUAGUUUAGGUGCUUCUGAUGAUGUUAUGGAUUGUUCUCUACCAGAACAAUUCCAGAAGCUCCAUGUUCAAGGGAAUAAAAAUUCAACUCUUGUGGGUUUUGACUCAUUAGUUGACAGAGUAGAACAAAGGAAAGAAGUGGAGAGUGCAUAUCUGAAUCAGGAACACGAGAAUAAAAUGAAAAUGAAGAGAUACAAGGACAUGUUGAAAAUUAGAGCUGCACUUCCUAUUGCUACGUUGAAGGGUGAUAUAUUGCAACUGCUGAAGGAGAAUAAUGUUCUUGUAGUUUGUGGGGAAACAGGCUCUGGGAAGACAACUCAGGUUCCGCAAUUUCUGUUGGAUGAUAUGAUUGAAUCCGGAUGUGGUGGAUGGUGUAACAUCAUAUGCACACAACCUAGGAGAAUAGCGGCUAUUUCUGUGGCUGAGAGAGUUGCUGAUGAGCGCUGUGAACCAUCACCAGGUUCAGAUGGUUCUUUGGUUGGAUAUCAAGUCCGUCUUGAUAGCGCAAGGAAUGAAAAAACAAAACUCCUCCUUUGUACCACAGGCAUACUUCUGAGAAAAUUUGCGGGGGACAAAAACCUGACUGGUGUCACUCAUGUCAUAGUUGAUGAAGUUCAUGAACGGUCUCUGUUGGGUGAUUUUCUCCUCAUUGUUUUGAAAAAUCUGAUAGAGAAGCAAUCUGCUCAUGGCACACCAAAACUGAAAGUCAUUCUUAUGUCUGCAACUGUAGAUUCCAAUUUGUUUUCAAGAUACUUUGGUGACUGCCCUGUAAUUACUGCUGAAGGCAGAACCCAUCCUGUGACAACUUACUUUCUUGAGGAUAUAUAUGAAAGUAUAAAUUAUCACCUUCCUUCAGAUUCUCCAGCCUCUAUAAGAAACGAAACAUCCACUAAGCAGAGGUUCCAGAGUGGUUCUGUAAGUAACCGCAGGGGUCAAAAGAAUCUUGUCUCAUCUGGAUGGGGUGAUGAGUCUCUACUGUCAGAAGACUCUAUUAAUCCGUAUUAUUUCCCAAGCAAUUAUCAAUCAUACAGUGAACAAACUCGACAAAAUUUGAAAGGAUUGAAUGAAGAUGUCAUUGAUUAUGAUCUUCUUGAGGACUUGGUCUGUCAUGUUGAUGAAACUUGUGAGGAGGGUGCCAUACUUGUAUUCUUGCCUGGGGUGUCUGAAAUUUACAUGUUACUUGACAAGCUAACUGCUUCUUACCGAUUUGGUGGACCAUCUUCUGAUUGGAUUCUUCCUUUACAUUCAUCCGUUGCAUCAAUUGAUCAGAAAAAAGCGUUUUUACGUCCUCCUGAAAACAUACGCAAGGUCAUUAUAGCCACAAACAUUGCAGAAACCAGCAUAACGAUAGAUGAUGUGGUAUAUGUCAUCGACUGUGGAAAGCAUAAGGAGAAUCGUUAUAACCCUCAGAAGAAAUUGUCUAGCAUGGUUGAAGAUUGGAUAUCUCAAGCAAAUGCAAGGCAAAGGCGAGGAAGGGCUGGACGUGUAAAACCUGGAAUUUGCUUUUGCUUGUACACAUGUUAUAGAUUUGAGAAAUGCAUGCGGCCUUUUCAGGUUCCUGAGAUGCUUCGGAUGCCAUUAGUUGAAUUGUGUUUACAAAUUAAGUUACUUUCUCUGGGUUAUGUAAAGCCUUUUUUAUCCAUGGCUUUAGAACCUCCUAGGGAGGAGGCUAUAACCUCAGCACUUUCAUUAUUAUAUGAGGUUGGGGCACUUGAAGGUAAUGAAGAGUUGACACCUCUUGGGCAUCAUUUGGCGAAACUUCCUGUUGAUGUAUUGAUUGGAAAGAUGAUGCUGUAUGGUGCAAUAUUUGGUUGCUUGUCACCCAUUCUCUCCAUUUCAGCAUUUUUGAGCUAUAAAUCUCCAUUUGUGUAUCCAAAAGAUGAGAGGCAAAAUGUUGAAAGAGCAAAAUUAGCACUUUUGAAUGAUAAGAUUGAUGGUCCUAGUGAUUCAGAUGAUGGUGACAAGCAAUCUGAUCACCUGUUAAUGAUGACUGCAUACAGGAAAUGGGAGAAGAUUCUACGUGAGAAAGGACUUAAAGCUGCUCAACAUUUUUGCAAUUCAUAUUUUUUAAGCAGUUCGGUGAUGCACAUGAUAAGAGACAUGAGAAUACAGUUUGGGUCAUUGCUAGCUGACAUUGGUCUCAUCAACCUUGCAAAAAAAUAUCAGAUCCAUGGGAAAAGGAAAGAAGACAUUGACAGUUGGUUUUCUGAUUCAUCACAACCGUUCAAUAAGUAUUCAUGUCAUUCAUCAGUUGUAAAGGCUAUACUAUGUGCAGGUUUAUACCCUAAUGUGGCAGCCACUGAACAAGGCAUUACUGGUGUUGCUCUUGCGAACCUUAAACAGUCUGUUGGUCCUGCAACACUGGGCCGUCCUGUUUGGUAUGAUGGAAGAAGAGAAGUUCACAUACACCCUUCUUCUAUCAACAGUAGUUUGAAAGCAUUUCAGUACCCCUUCCUUGUUUUCCUUGAAAAGGUCGAAACCAACAAAAUUUUUCUUCGAGAUACCUCUGUCAUCUCUCCUUACUCAAUUUUGCUAUUUGGUGGCUCCAUUCACAUUCAACACCAGACUGGACUGGUCACAAUAGAUGGAUGGUUAAAACUGACAGCAGCAGCCCAAAUUGCUGUCCUGUUCAAGGAACUGCGAUUAACUCUUCAUUCAAUUUUGAAGGAGCUAAUCAGAAAGCCAGAGAAUGCAUCUAUUGUUGAUAACGAGGUUGUCAGGUCUAUGAUCCAAUUGUUGUUAGAAGAAGACAAACCACUAAAGUAAUUUGGAGCAUCAAGGUUGGCAAGCACGUCUUUUCUUCAAAUUAUAGCCGGUCCAAAGAUACCAGACAUUUAGGAUUAGUCCUUGCAGUUCACGAUUUUACAAUUCAUUCUAGCUAGAUUCAUGCAAGUAGCUCACUUUUCCUCUACCUAAGAUGGUGUGAGCCCUUCAGCACUGCAUUGUUAUUUGUUGUUGUCUUCAAAACUGCACAUGCCCUCGACCAUUGUUUUAGAGAUGAAGGUGUAUUGUGUAACUAGUUUCAUCUAUUCAAUUCUGAGAAUAACUGACAGGCCUUGGGGGUUCAUAUACUCAGAUUACUAGUUUCAUCUACUCUGACGAAGGUUCAUGAAAAGAGAACAAGAAUCAGAUCAUUAAUGUACUACAAUGUGGAAUAAAUAAUGUACUCAAUAUGGUUGAUUAGUCAAAUAACUGCUCCUGGUUUGACUUGGGUUUUGUUCUUAUAAGUAGAGAAAUUCCUUUUAUCCUUGCAAGUUGUAUUGACUAGUAGUAAAAACUUACAUCCUGGGAACUCUGUACACUGUAUUUCAGUUGAUUUCAUAAUGCAAAGAGGAUGAGAAUGAUAAUGCAGUGA